CAGGAGUAGUAUAGGCUUAGUGAAGAGAGAGACGCUCAUCUAGCGCUCUUCGCUCUUUAAUCCUGUUAACCCACACUCGCUAAUCGACACUAAAAACUCUCAUUACCACAAAAAUAAAACUAGUUUUGAAACACUUAAAGCGUCACGUCAAAUAAACAUGCAUGAGAAAAUGCCCAGAGCGCGCGAACGCGAAUACCUAACAUUGUUUUCCAUCAACUCUGGUAAAUUUAGAAUUUUCAUAUUAAACAGUUUAUUCGACUUCAAAUAUCCAACUCUUCCACCUACAUCUAAAUUCGCACAUAUAUAAAUUUACUCCAUAUAUAUAAAUUGAUGUACAACUACCAUAAAAAUUCAACUCACAACUUGCGCCAACGUUUACUGUAUUCCGCUCGCAUCGUGCAUGUUUGCAUAACAAAAUUUGAUCCAAUAAAACUUAAGACUUCGCCCAAUUCACUUCUACGUUUUGUUUAUUGGAGGGAACGUUAUCUAUUCGGUUUCUUCAAUAGUGUAUAUAUUCUAAUUUCCACUACCGUUAUAUACCACCGAUUUAUACGCAUGCGAGAAUCGACGAUUAUAUAAUGCGCAUAGCGUUGGCUCCAUAUUAACAUUUUUAUUACUUAAGCUCGCAGCGUUAUAUCUCACGACGAUGGUGAAUGGCACAUGGUGCAGGUGACGUCCGGCGACGAGUGUUGGCUGCUGCAGCGGAAUCUGGAGAACUUCAGGAUGCUGGACUCGCAGCUCCAUCAGUGUAUCUACGACCGCAAGAUAUCCAUGCUGCCGGACCUCUCGUCGGAUUCUAGUCAUUGUCCGGAAACGGAGGAACCGGAAGAGACGACGCUCUCCGUAUUCCUGAACAGGUUCUGCGAGAUCGCCGACAACUCGGUCAACUGUGGCCCGGUCUUGAACUGGCUGCAGAUGGACAAUAAAGGACACAGACUUCUCGUGCCCAGCGAGGAGAGUAGGUCCAUAAAUACGCCGGCGGUCGCGGCCGCCUACAGCGUCCGCCGGUACGUCUCGCAGGCCAGGGACGAGCUGAACCUCGAAGUUGGAGACAUGAUCUCGGUGAUCGACAUGGCCAGUCCGGGCGAGUCGAUCUGGUGGCGAGGUAAAAGGGGCUUCCAAGUGGGCUUCUUCCCCCAGCACUGCGUACACAUCAUCGGCGACAAAGUCCCUAGGAACAUGCCUCUUCCCGCCCCGGUCGUCGGCUCCCUAGCCCUGAGUCCCAUCAAGCCGGUACUGAGAAAGCACGGCAAACUCAUUGCCUUCUUCCGAAGCUUCAUUCUGAACAGACCGUCACGUCGUCGUCUGAAGCAGAGCGGCAUCCUGAAGGAGAGAGUCUUUGGCUGCGAUCUUGGAGAACAUCUACUCAAUUCCGGACACGAGAUACCGAUGGUUCUGAAGUGCUGCGCCGAAUUCAUAGAGACCCACGGCAUCGUGGAUGGCAUUUACCGGCUGUCCGGAGUCACCUCGAAUAUACAGAAGCUUCGUAACGCCUUCGACGAGGACCGCAUCCCGAAUCUCUACACCGAGGAUAUCCUGCAGGACAUCCACUCCGUUGCCUCGCUACUGAAGAUGUACUUCCGUGAAUUACCGAAUCCUCUGUGCACCUAUCAACUAUACCAAAGCUUUGUGAACGCGGUCCAGGGCUGCAAGACCUCGAUCCAAAAUUCCGAGACUGAUCACGAAAGGCUGCUCAAGAUGAGGGAGUCUGUACAAAAAUUACCGCCGCCACAUUACAGGACGUUGGAGUAUUUGAUGAGGCAUUUGGCGCGUGUAGCCAAACAUGGACAUAGCACUGGAAUGACAACACGUAACGUUGCAAUUGUGUGGGCACCUAAUCUAUUGCGAUGCGCCGAACUGGAAGUCGGUGGAGUAGCAGCUCUGCAAGGUGUCGGAGUGCAGGCCGUCGUUACGGAGUUCCUAAUCUGCUAUACCGAUUUGAUUUUCUGUGAUAAUUUACCGAAUUUGGAUCGACCCAUGGCCGAGGUGGCCGUGGCCUCCCCAAAACGUUGCAGACCAAAAAGCCUGGCAAUAUCAACCCCGACGAAGCUGAUUACCUUGGAAGAGGCCAGAUCGAAACAUCUACUGAAUAAGGAAUGCAGCUACAUCGAGGUUGGCGGUGGGCCAGAUAGUCUUCCCAAAAAGUAUCACACGAUCAUCGAUCUUCCACCAGGUGCACGAAAGCGAGGAUUAUCUAAAAGGUCUCCAAUGGGUUGGAGGUCAUUCUUCAGCAGAAACAGGAAUUCAUCUCAAGGUGUGCUGAACAAACCGAGGAAGGCGUCGACGCCGGGGAUAGUGAUCCCGGAAAAAGCUGUAACGGAAUCGGAUUUGACGGACAUUAAGCGCAAGUUGCGUUCGGUUAAAUCAGCGGAAAGUUUGACUUCCGGUCAUUCUGAGCCGGCCUCGAAUGAUAUCGACAUCUUGGGUCCCCUGCAUUGCCUGAACAAGCCACCUGGACAUAACAGGUCGGUGUCGCACGAUUCGUACUUUGACACCUUGCAGAGUUCGCACAACAAUUCCGAGGGUUCCUUACUAGAUCUGAGCGAAAUUCAAUUAAACUUUGAACUCGAGGAAAGCGAAAUGCGGAUAUUCUCGGAGGACGAAAGUCUGGUAAGUUCACCAAGGAUACACAAGGAGGCGCAAAGGAGGAUAUUAACUCGCGCCAGACCUGAGGAAUACCUGAGCGCGACAAACUCGAUCAAUCCCUCGCCUAAAAAACAAGCUAGAGUCGUCAUGUCUCCUGACUGUUUAUCGCGAAAACGAACUCGAUUGGAGGAUCAACUAUCUGAUAUUCAGUUUAUAGACUGCAGUACUCCGGAUAAUAUAACCGUAUCAACAACAGCAGUUAUUCACGUUGAAGAGGAUAUCACUCCUAUAGAUAUGUACCAGCCGAAGAAUAAAAGUCCGCGAAGUUCUGAAGUAUUUAAAAGACAGUCAUUGAAUUUGGAGAAGACCUGUUCAAAUUCCGUGGUAAUCCCCAAAUCCGUAACUGAAGGAAAACUGAAUAGGUCAACAACGCCCACUCCCCAGUCACCAAUCUACAAGCAGCUAAUUGAUUCAAGUUCAACGACUCCCGGAGAUUUCAGCCCAAGCGCAGAGAUUAUCUACCAAAAGCUAAAUAAAUCUCCAAUCAAAGUACCGAAGAGCCCUAAUUACGAAAACGUAUUAACCACGAUAAGCAUCACGUACAAAUCUCCAACGAAAUCUUUCUCUUCUAAUAAGAGUGAUCCACCGACAUACGAGAGCAGAGCUGAAAGUGCUCAAAUACCAACGAGCACGGCUAAUCUACCGGUGCAACAGGCCAAAUGCAUCGACGACGACAAAAGGCCUAAAAGCUUAAACGAUUUAGAUCCGAAAAGUACGCCGACUGAUAUAGACACUCUCUUCCAAAAUCUAAAAUCGACCGUCGAGAACAAUAGUUUGACUGAUCUCAGUUUGAGCGAGGUCCUGAAUAGUUCCUCAGAGUAUAUUGACAGUAAUCGGACUUCGGUGUCUUUACCACUGACUCCAACGAGAGGCACAAUGAGUCCUAACGUGAGUCCGAAUAGUUUGACGAUUUCGAAGAAUCCUAGUUUAGAGGAUACGACUCAAGAGAGUUCUACCAGUACAUCGAAUCAGGACGACUCGUUUCCGAAAUGUGAUACGAAUUUAAGCGAAUUAUACGAAACGUACGACGAAAUUGCUAGAGAUUACGAAAAUUCGAAAGUAGAUUUAACUUGUUUGGAGACUGGCGGUGGGACGUUAAAGGCUUUCAGUUGCUUUGAUAGUGGAUCCAGUUUGGGAUGUUUGGGUGGAACAACUGGGGCUCUCGAAGCUCCUGAUUCUAAACCGAAUGAAGUCUAUGAAGUUGUUCAGUUUCCACCAGCUGGUGGAUACUACGACAACGUAGAAUUUCGGAAGAAAUCAAUGAAUUUGGAAGUCGACAGACCGAAAAGCAUAAAUUUAAUUGAGUUCAGUCCUAUGGUUGAAGAAGUCAAGAGUCCCAACAACGAGAAACGCAAGCAGGAUGAUACGAUAUACCAACAAGUGAAGUAUUUCAGGCGAUCCGUGCAUGAGAUUAAUGAGCUGCUAGCUUUGGGAAAGGAUGUAGAGGAUGAAGCGCAAUUGGAUUCUUUGGAAGAUAAUCGAUCUUUGAACGUCUACGAGAACGUGGAUUUCAGUUCCGAUUCGCUAGAGAUGGCGAAAAGCAAUAUAGAAAUUCUCGAGAAAGACUCGAAUUGCCAGACUGACGUAGCUGUAAGUGAGGAAUUGAUACUCGAUUUAAAUAUUGCUGUUAAAGAUACGAAGACUUUGAAUGCUGUGCCUGUGACAAAUGGGGAAAAUCAAAAUGAAAUAAACGGAGUGAAUACGCCGGAAGCCGUGGAAUUGGUUAGUGUUAGUAAUAAUUUAGAAAAUGUUGUACAAGAUGAAAGCAGCGAGCAAUCUUUAGACAAGGUAGACGUGAAAAGUUUAACCAGUAAAUUCGAAGUUGUAGACUCGAAUGCAGUGAAGAUGAGAGCUCCGAAGCAGCAAGCAGAUGCAGAAGCGCUAAAGAAGUCACGGGAUUCGCUUCCGCCGUGUCUGAGAGCUCGCAAUUUAAAGAACGCUAUAAAAACACGCAGCUUGGACGAAGAGGAGUUUAGGAAAGAGUUCGAUUCGACUCAUAGCUUGAACCGUCGUAAGUCCUUUGAUGAGACCCUCACGUACAAAAUAAACAGUUUGCCUAAGAGCUUGAACAAGCCCAAAAAACUGCCAGACGAAAACGAUGAUUUGAAAGUGCAUUUAGCGCACAGCGUUGAAAGCGUGAAACAGAACUUGAACAGGGAGCGGAUAGAGAAGUACAAGGAAGAAAGACGGAAGUUCCUCAACGAAAAGUACCGUUCCGAGUCAUUCAAAGAAGACAAAGACGUGCUACUUUCAAGGAUCAAGGUGUUUAAACCGAAGGAGGAAAUCGUCGAAGCACCUCCACAACCCGUUCCUGUUACAAUCCCUGUCCUUAUCACACAGCAGGAGGAAAAGAAGUUCGAAGAAGCGCGUCGCUCUUUCAGCAAGAUCGAGAACGAAGAAGUGUUGCUAAGAUCACCCAAGAGAUCGAGCAUUCGUUCUAAAACUGCAAUUUUCGAAUCUAAAAAGAAUACUGAUCUUGGCGAGGUAGAACUGAGGAACAAGCGUCGCGACGUUGUCGAUAGGCAUCGACACACUUUCGAAACCAGAGAAAGGGAUCCUAAAAAUGAUUCAGAUAUUAAUAAUAGGAGGGUUAGCUUAGACUCAAAACCACCUAGGAAAGAAAAAACGUCGCCUUCUUAUUGCAUCAAGGAUAUGAAAGCAAUUUUCGAAUCAAAGUCGCACCAAUAGUUUGUAGGA